AGCCUCCUUUUCGCCGUAACUUUCAACGCGUGCGGGAUAUCAUUAAGGACGUCCGCUAUUCACGAUGUCUGAUGCGGAAGGAGAUGAUGUCCCUACAGGACCUAUUGGUUCUAUGGAUGUAAACACUGCUUUACAGGAGGUGCUCAAAAAUGCGCUGAUCCACGAUGGUCUCUCGAGGGGUCUUCAUGAAUGUGCUAAAGCCCUGGGAAAACGUCAAGCUCACCUGUGUAUUCUGGCAAACAACUGUGAUGAGACGAUGUAUGUGAUGUUAGUGGAGGCACUUUGUAAUGAACAUGGCAUCAACUUGCUGAAGGUUGAAGACAACAAAAAACUUGGCGAGUGGGCUGGACUGUGCAAGAUUGACAAAGAAGGAAAAGCCAGGAAAGUUGUAGGCUGCAGUUGUGUUGUUGUCAAGGAUUAUGGGAAGGAGUCUCAAGCCUUAGAUGUCUUGAACGAGUACUUUAAGUCCAAGAAAUAAACCUGUUGCAGUGUCAUCAUAUAAUAAAACUAUUGGGGCUGUGGGUUUUAUUGUAUGAUGAGUAAAACAAUACAAAGAUGCUAAACUA